AUGGCUAGGACCAAGCAGACAGCCCGCAAGUCUACCGGUGGUAAGGCACCACGUAAGCAGUUAGCCACCAAGGCCGCUCGCAAGUCGGCCCCAGCCGCAGGCGGUGUGAAGAAGCCCCAUCGUUACAAGCCUGGUACCGUCGCCUUGCGUGAAAUUCGUCGUUACCAGAAGUCGACUGAGCUUCUGAUCCGCAAGCUGCCGUUCCAGCGUCUCGUCCGUGAGAUUGCCCAGGACUUCAAGACCGACUUGCGCUUCCAGAGCUCUGCCAUCGGGGCUCUUCAGGAGGCCGCUGAGGCAUACCUUGUCGGUCUUUUCGAGGACACCAACUUGGCUGCCAUCCACGCCAAGCGUGUCACCAUCCAACCCAAGGACAUCGCUCUCGCCCGCCGUCUCCGUGGCGAGCGCUCGUAA